GGAGACGCCAACGGUUCGCUUCUGCUUUCUUGCUCUCACCGCCCAUUUGCUUUAUGCCACGGAACCAAACGAGCACGCCCGGCACGUCAGUCCCUCUCGUAACAUUGGUAAAGGACAAGUUGGGGACCCACGUUGUUCUCACUGCCCUUGUAUAUGUCUUUCGGUGUCUCUUAGCAAGGAUGUUUCGACGCAGUAAAAACAUUAAAUAUUUCCUGAGCCUUGUCCCGGGGAAACAUAGACUAGGGACGUACAGGUUUCUUCCCAUCUUCUUUUGCAUCGGAGGAGUCAUGGAGUGGAUCAUGAUCAACGUGAGGAUCGGAAAAGAGACUUUCUAUGACGUGUACCGGAGGAAACAAUCGGAACGGGAGUACCAGCGCAGGAUAGCAGAUGGACCCGUCGUUCUGGACGAGCCUGCAGCCAAGUGAACAGCUGUCCGAUUUGAUGUGGACUCAACAUGUGUUGACGAAGGACAAAUCAUAGACUCGGGCCUAAUCUAAAGAGCAUGCCACUGGUUCAACAACAACAACAACAACAUUAUCACAGUUAUCAGCAUGCAGUGAUGACGGAGAACUCUCUUCCAACAUGCAGUUAACACAGAACCUCCAGCCCUAGGUUUACGUCUGUCUAACGGAUGCUUGAGUGAUCUCUCAGUUGUACCAUCCGACAGGAAGAGUCUGCAGACACACAAAGCUGUUGGGGUGCUGCGACAGCUUCACCGGGUUCCCGUCCAGCCUCACCUGGUCCAUGUUGCUCCGGAUGUAGUAGCUGUUGUUACCUUUGCAGAACGUCUCAUCUGUUAUUGUGGAGAUCUUGUUGUUCUGCGGGGUUAAGGACACAAACUUGGAUGGUCACAUAAAUGCUACUGGCUCCCUCCACAGGGCAGUAAACAAAUCUAAUCGCUUCUACAGAGCAUCUCUGUCGGGACACCAGUGAUUUACAGUUGGACUUACAUGCAGGUGCACGACAUGCAGAGACUCUGGGAGGUGUGGCACUCCUGUCAGUUCAUUGUUUCCCAGGUAAAGAUAAGCCAGUCUUGUGAGUUUCUGCAACAACAACAACAACAAAAAGGUGCCACUGUCCUCAAACACACAUCCACCGCACAGAAUUCAGCAAAGAAUGAGUAAACAAAAAAAGCACGUACUUUGAAAGCGUUUGCCUUUACACCCUGCGUUUUAAGCCUGUUGAAAUUGGCAUUGAAUGUGACCAGACCGUUGGGAAGCAUUGGGAGUUUCGUCAGUCUGUUAUCCGCGAGGGUGAGCUCCUCCAGAUUAGGAAGUCUGGAAAAGGCGCCGUCUUCUAUCUCGGUGAUGAGAUUCCCGGUUAGGUCGAUUCUCCUUAAUGUGGCUGGAAAAA